CUACAACAGACCAACAAUUUAGUAAGCACAUUCACAAAUCCCCGAUCAAGAAACAGAAAGAAAGUUAAACAAGAACUAUGUCUUCUAAUCAGAGUUUCAAUGCAGGUGCAACUAAAGGCCAUGCACAGGCCAAAACACAGGAGUGGGUUGAGUCUGCCAAGGGCACAGCUCAAUCGGCAAGGGACAAGACAGCAGAUGCUGCCCAAUCCACUUCUGACUCUGCCCAACUGAAAAAAGAGGAGGCAUCUGGCUUCCUUCAACAGACUGGAGAACAGGUGAUAAACAUGGCACAAGGUGCAAUGGACAGCGUCAAGAGUACACUUGGAGUUGGUGACAAUAACCCACACAACAAAUAGAAACCAAUUGACACUGAUAAUUCAACCUUUUCGUAUCCCUUUUUCUGAUGUAUUCUGUCAGUGUUUUUUCCUAUCUUUGAUGGCGGGUUUCUUUAGUUCAUUAGAAAUUUGUCAUAUUCAACAAAUUUAUUGGUGAUAAUCUAUGCUUCUUUUUUUUCUUUGACAUUUGGUACUAUUUUUCUUCAACAGUAUUACUAAUUCAGUUAUGCA